GAGUUAUUCGCGCGGCGUUGCUUCGAAGCUGUCGGAAUUAUAUCCUCCCAGGCUGGUCGACGGAAUUCCUGGAUCCCCUUGAGAAUAAAAUUGGAAUUGCCGGAAUUGGAAGGUCUGUGAGUGCUAUAUCCACGCACGACAACAUCUCGGGUUCAACCUCAGUUCGCGGGAGGAUUUGCUUCCACGCACUCAUCGCGUCCCAUUCUUAGAUCGCUGGGAUGGCCCCCCCGUUUCUCCUGAUUAUGUUGGAAUCUCGACUGUUGGAACCAUGAUGCUGAUGCCUGGUGCUAGAUUCCCGUCCGGUCGCGCGUCGUCGCCAUGGCUGACCCCACUGAUUUGAAUCUCGACGCGCCCAGCGAUCUUCAGGAUAUCCCGGAGAUGUCAAUGCAGCUUCUUCCUCCACCGGAGGGAACGUAUCCUGACAAAGCUUCACUUCUUGCCGCUGUGCAGGCACACGGGAAAGUCCACGGAUACAACGUGGUGGUCAAGUCAUCGAGCACGCCCACCGAAAAGAAACCAGGGCGAACAGCCAAGGUCUGGCUGCGAUGUGACCGUGGUGGCCACUACCGCCCGCGGAACGGUCUGACCGAAGAGACCAGGAAGCGAAGGCGCACCUCCCGUCUGAUGGAUUGUCCGUUCAUGCUGGUUGCAGCUGGAACUCCUGGCAUCUGGACAUUGACUGUCCUGAAUCCCACCCACAACCAUGGCCCGAUUGUAGAGAAACCCCGGCAGGUUCCUCAUCACAAAGUCCGGAAGGGUCAAAUCGCGGCAGUUCCGUAUGACUGGCCACAUGACGCGACCCUCACGCCGUAUACUACUGCCUUGGUUAUCAUCGACAUGCAAAAAGAUUUCUGUGCUCCGGGUGGAUAUAUGGAAUUCCAGGGCUACGACAUAUCUGCCGCGCAGGCACUGAUUCCGAAGCUUCAGCAUCUGCUGAACACUUUCCGCUCUGCUGGAUUUCCGGUUUAUCAUACUCGCGAAGGACAUCGCCCGGAUCUAUCGACUCUCUCCAGUAGAGAGGCCUAUCGGUCAAGGAACAAUGGAUCUGGACUCGGGAUUGGAUCGCCGGGUCCUCUCGGUCGUCUUCUGAUCCGGGGCGAGGUUGGGCACGAUACCGUUGACGAACUGUAUCCCAUCCCCGGCGAACCGGUGAUCGAUAAACCCGGCCGGGGGGCCUUUGCCCAUACUGAUUUCGAACUCCUGCUCCGGAACAAAGGCAUCAAGAAUCUUGUGCUUGCAGGGGUCACCACCGAUGUGUGUGUUAGCACGACGAUGCGCGAAGCCAACGACCGGGGGUUCGACUGUGUUGUCCUGGACGACGGCACUACGGCCAGUGAGCCGCAUCUGCAUGUGAACACGAUAGAAUCGGUCAAAAUGGAGGGAGGGAUCUUUGGUGCAGUGGCUAAACUGGAGGAUGUAGUGCAAGCGGUGGAAAAUUUCAAAGCCGUCACCGUGAAGAAGCUGGCUCCUCAGAUGUCAGUUUGAUUUUCUUUUUUUUUUCUCUCUCUCUCUCUUGCUCUUGCUCUACUUGGUUCCCUGAAAAUUGCGUGAAAGCAUGAUUUAGCGGGUUUUUCAUGUUCCAAUCAUUUUGUUUUGUUUUUUUUUUUUGGGAAGGGAUUUAAGACGAUGUACUGGACGUUUAUAUGAAUGAUCAACAUCUUAUUCUUAAAGUGCGAACCAAUCUCAACGCCUCCUCAGGAAACAAAAACACUAAAUGAAAGAAAAGACAAGAAAAGAAAAGAA